CCCUGGCGCCUUCCCUGGAGGAGUUCAAGCUGAUGUUCGGGAUGCUGUUCUCCAUCCGCUCCUUUGUGGCCAAGAUGAGCCCUGUGGACAUGCGCGAUGGCUUCCUGUGCUUUCAGACUAGCAAGUACAAGCUGCACUACUAUGAGACGCCAACGGGGCUGCGCUUUGUGCUCACUACUGACCUGGGCGUGGGCAGCGCCCGUGAUGCCCUCCAGCACCUCUACAGCAAUAUCUAUGUGGGGCUGGGGGUGAAGAACCCGCUGUGCCCGCUGGGUGAACCGGUGCAGAGUGAGCUCUUCCGUUCCCGCCUUGACGCCUUCGUGCGUGCCCUGCCCUUC